GGGACAUAGCAUGGGCAAUCGACGAUUGUUUAUUCAAAAUACCAAACAAAAUGUUCUUAUUACUGGUCAGUUUCAGUAUUUCAUUUGGAGCCUACUUUCUCCGGGAAAAGCUUAAACAAUUAAACCUUGCUGCGAGUCAAUUACAACCAUCAUCGCAUGCCGAUGGGUUUUUAGAGGCGGUUAAUCUCGACAUUCACCAAUGGACUUGGAUACCUACUUUUUUAAAAGUUUAUUUUAUUGGCGUUGUCGAAACGAUUUAUAUCACCCUCUGUCAACGAGGUUUAUUCAAGAGUUCUUCAACACGAAGCAUGAAUGAGAGUCACGUGGAUACGUUAGCACUUGGGUCCAAAAACGAUGGGUCGAUAGCUGUUAUCACAGGAGGUGACUCUGGAAUUGGAUUAGAAAUAUGUAGAGGUUUGCUUGACGCUGGAUUUCAUGUGAUUAUUGGCACCCAUUCCGUAAAGUCAUGCGAGGCCGUUAUUGAUUCUUUACAAAAAGCAACAAGCUCAGAUAAGAUAUCAUCCAUACAUUUAGACCUGACAAACUAUCAAUCUGUUCGAGAUUUUGUAGAUCAGAUUCAGUUAAAGGUUCCUAAAAAGAACAUUCAGUUACUGAUUAAUAAUGCAGGUAUAAUGAAUACAGAUUAUAAAAUGACUGAUGACGGAUUUGAAUCCCAGUGUCAAACAAACUUUUUAUCUCCUAUGCUUUUGACUCGACUCUUGUUACCCUAUAUUAGCCCUAAAUCCGGUCGAGUAUUGUUCGCAUCAAGUUCUACAUUAUACACUGUCAACGAUUUAGAUCUGAGUGUCCCAUCGAAAAAGUAUGGUUUGAAUGGACUUGAUCAUUAUGCCUAUAGUAAAUCCUGCAUUGCUCAGCUCGUACCACGUUUAGCCAAAACGACACCAGUUAAAAUUUAUGCCUAUCAUCCCGGUACAGUUCGAACCAAAUUAUUUUCGACUACUACUGUAUUUAAUUUGCCACUUGUGUCCAGAAUCUUUCAUUACAUCAUGUUAUCACCCAAAGAAGGAUGUCGAACACCUCUCUUUCUUUGUUUGUCAAAGGAUGUAGGUGAUAGUGGCACAUAUUGGGCAAAUGAACAUCAACAGACAUUACCCAGUGUUUCGGUCAAUGGAAAAGACAAUAAUAAUGAAGCACUAUGGAUUGAUACAAUGCAAAAGAUCAAUCUUAAGAAAUAAUAAUAAUAAUAAAACGGCAUCCUCAUUUUUAUUAAUAG